UUAAGUAUCAGAAAUUAACUCAAAAACAUUAUGAUUCCUUAAAAAAAAAAAAAAAAUGGGAACCUAAUUGAAUAUACUAUAUUCCCAUAAUUCAACCAGACGUCAUUUUCACAAACUCAGCUUCAAAUCGCAAUUCGUUUGAACCCACCCAAAAAAAAAAAAAAAAAACGAAAAUAUCAAUUAAGUUUCGUACCACAUUAAUUUGGCAAUUGGUUAGGCAAUUCUCAGACGCCAGAAUAGGCCAAAUCCAAGCAUCAUUUAAAACCAUUUAAUCAUCUCCCCAGAAAUAUCCUACUACUUCUUCACUCGCUCUUCAAAAGUGGUUGGUUUUGUAUACCCAGAUUUUAUUUUGUUGUUUUGGAUCGGAUUUGACGGGAUUUUUUUUUUAAAUGGGGAGUUUGGGAGCGCUUGUGAAACACCCAGAUGAUUUUUAUCCAUUGUUGAAGCUGAAAAUGGCUGCGAGGCAUGCCGAGAAACAGAUCCCAUCACAGCCUCACUGGGCUUUCUGUUUCUCCAUGCUUCACAAGGUUUCUCGUAGUUUCGCUCUUGUUAUUCAACAGCUUGACCCCAAGCUUAGAAACGCCGUCUGCAUAUUUUAUUUGGUUCUUCGAGCCCUUGAUACUGUUGAGGAUGACACUAGCAUUGCAACAGAUGUCAAAGUUCCUAUCCUUAAAGAUUUUUAUCGCCACAUAUAUGAUCUUGACUGGCACUUUUCAUGUGGUACAAAGGAGUACAAAGUUCUCAUGGAUCAGUUUCAUUUUGUAUCUACUGCUUUUCUGGAACUUGAAAAGGGUUAUCCGGAGGCAAUUGAGGACACAACAAAAAGAAUGGGUGCAGGGAUGGCAAAAUUUAUUCGCAAGGAGGUAGAAACAGUUGAUGACUAUGAUGAAUAUUGUCACUAUGUAGCAGGACUUGUUGGAUUAGGUCUGUCUAAACUUUUCCAUGCCUAUGGGUCAGAAGAUUUGGCUCCAGAUUCUCUGUCCAAUUCAAUGGGUUUAUUUCUUCAGAAAACAAAUAUUAUCCGAGAUUAUCUAGAGGAUAUUAAUGAGAUACCAAAGUCGCGCAUGUUUUGGCCUCGCCAGAUUUGGAGUAAAUAUGUCAACAAACUUGAGGACUUAAAAUAUGAGGAAAACUCAGUCAAGGCAGUGCAGUGCUUGAAUGACAUGAUCACCAAUGCUUUAAUACAUGUGGAUGAUUGCCUGAAGUACAUGGCUGCUCUACAUGAUCCUGCAAUAUUUCGAUUUUGUGCUAUCCCUCAGAUCAUGGCUAUUGGGACACUGGCCUUAUGCUACAAUAACAUUGAAGUCUUUAGAGGAGUUGUAAAAAUGAGGCGUGGUCUCACUGCGAAAGUCAUUGACCGAACAAACACAAUGGCUGAUGUCUAUGGUGCUUUCUAUGAUUUCUCUUGUAUGUUGAAAGCCAAGGUUGACAAUAAUGAUCCGAAUGCACAAAAGACAUAUAGCAGACUAGAUUCAAUCCUGAAGACGUGCAGGGACUCGGGAGUCCUGAACAAAAGGAGAUCUUACAUAAUUCAGAACCAGUCUAACUGCACUCCACUUCUGGCUGUCAUGCUUUGCAUUAUGUUGGCCAUCUUUUUGGCUAAUCUGAGCCCCAACUGGCCUAAUAACUAGACCAUGCUUUAUCCAUGUGUUGUGUCGUGAAGUUGUUUCUAUGUUUGUAUAGAAUGUUAUGAAGCUACACUUUUACAUCUGACAUUGUUCCUAAUGUGCAAGCACAUUAGCAUGACGCUGUUGGAUCUUUUUCUUAAUCAUUGGAGAGGAAAUCAAGCUAGUUUCCAACCGGAGAAAAGAGGGGAAAUAAUGUAUCAAUUAAGAAUCUAUUUUGCAUUUUUCUUUCUGUAAUUUGUCAAAAUUGUCGGAUAUUGAUAUGGCUGUAUUACCUAUUGUGGCUUCAAUAUAGAUAUUCCGAGAGGAUUUAAGAUA